UCUUUGACAACACAGGUGCAGCCAGUCACUGUGCUUUAAACUCUUUGUUUUCUCCUGUGACCAAAAUACACAGACUGAGAUGACGACUUCCCUGAUGAUGAGAUGUCUCCUGCCCCUCGCCACCCUCCUCCUCCUCCUCCUCCUGUCCAUCACUCCCACAGGAGCUGAAGUGGUGCAGUCGAUUUCAAACUGUGACCAUUUUUUUCUAGGACAAACUCCACCAGAGAUCCCUGGGAUCCUGGAGAACGGCGAAAUCCAAGACCAGAACCGAUAUAAGGUCAUCUGCCAGAAAUAUGACAACAAGAAAAGGUUUGUGACGCUCUACGACACCAAGAACAGGAUUCCUGUGUUUUCUGCUUACAAGUACAGGGGGGAUGAUGGAAGGAGACCCGACGUAGGUUGGAUGAUAGAGCCACAGGUAGGAUUCCCCACCCUCUCACUCAUAAAAAUACUAAUACCAUCAUUCAACCAAGGCAGCUGGAGCAAAAUGGAGGACUGUGUCAAAUGUGACCUGAAAAAGUUCUGUUCUGCUGAAAGCUACGUGGUGACGGGGGCAGUGCCUGGCACAGAAAAGCUCAACAACAGGGUUAAUAUACCUUCCAAGCUCUGGUCUGCUUUCUGCUGUUACAGUCAAAAACAGAAGAAGUGGCUCGCGAGUGCACACUGGGGUGACAAUGUUAAGAAGCAACCUGGUUAUCUGGAGAGAAAGACUUUACAGCAACUCAAAGAUGAAGUAAAAAUUCAGGCUUUUCAUCAAAACAUUUGUCCUUUCAGUGAAACUGUAGCUCAGUUUUACAAAAAUCUGAAUGAAGAUAAUAACUGUAACUGCACUAAAAAUUACACUUAGACUGAUGUGUGCUCUUCUUCUGAUCGCUCCUGCUUGAUGAUGAGUCUAUAAUACAUCUACAGUACAUUUCAUUCUAAACUAAGGUGAAAAGAAUCUUGUGAUAUUUUGAUUUUUUCUUUUUUUACAUUUUAAACAG